AUGCCAAAUCCACCAGCGAAAGAGGAUACAUGGGCUUUUCAGAAAAUUGGAACUGCAUUCCCACCAAACCCUGUCAAAGUUUUGGGACAACAAAAUAUGUACGUUGCGCUAUGGUAUAAGCACGGAAAGCCAAUCCACGGACGAUCAUGGAACAAUGGAGGAGUUGUAGAGUGUUCCUUCCCAUACAAAAAGAGCGAACUACGAACAGCACAACAACUUGAGGGGAAUAUUCAGGUGCUGCAAUACACGGGUGAUCACAACACUCAAGGAUUUUGGUAUGAGUGGAUCAAAUAUAAAGAACGUUUUGACAACACUGAAACCCGACAACUACUCCGCUGUGGAGAUUCUUUCCCAAUUUUCUGGAAAGACCGACCAGAAGGACCACUACUCGGAUACGUUGAUAAUAAGACUGAAAUUGCACUUUUUUCUUGCGAUGGGAAAGUGUACGAGAAAAAAGGAGGAGAACUCUCGGACAUGUAUAUCAUUGUGAGAAACACGGCUGGAGGUCCACCGCACUGCGAAUGUUCAACCUGUCGCGUUGCUCCACCUCCACCUGGCCCACCGCCACCAAGAGUUAUGAUCGAUGAAUGGAUGGAUAUACGUGCUGGAGAUCCUUGGCCAGACAGACCAUUAGUCAAGGCGCUUGACAAAACUCUGGAUAACACAAUUUCCGGAGAAAAUCCAGACCAAUUCGUCGCUUUAUGGUAUCAAGCAGGAGAGCCUGUCAUGGGACGAGUUUGGAACGAAGGUGGCAAAGUAGCGGCAAACUUCUGCUGGAACAAAAAUGAGUACAAGGGAAAUGUUGGUUCUAUCCAGGUGCUUGUACAUCUUUCUGAGCACGUACGUGGCUUUGACUACAGUUGGAUUCCAUUCCCACAGGCAGCGUCAUUUGACAAAAGCAAGGAAUGGAUUCCCGUGCACGUUGACAAUACGAAAGGCGACAUCUCAUCCGGUGUGAUCACGUUUGAUGGAAAACAGAUUCUCGGAAAAGUCGACGUCAAGAAUGAAAAAUCAUCAGCAGGAUUCGGCGGGAAAGAAAACAUGCUUGUCGGGCCUGCUUGUGCCAAUAACACUGUAGUCUUAUGCCGCAAAGCAAGACCCGGUUACAAAUUUGAUUAA